AGCAAAGUUUGAGAGCUCUCUUCUUCUCUUUUCUCUCAAUUCUCUUUUUGAAAACCAACUGUACGGCUCUGUUGUCCCUCUGACCGUGGCUCAGGGAACAGUGGGCUCCUUCCAGACCCGGCACUGGAGAGCUGGGCAGAGCAACCUAGCACAAUGAAGGGGCUCAUGUGCUUUCUUGUAUGCUUCCUCCUUUCUGAAUCACAGGGCUUCGAAAUCCCCACCAAUGGACUUUCAGAGUUUGCAGAAUAUGGAGACCUUGUGGAACUGGCCCCAGGCAAAUUUCAAUUUGUGCCAGAGAACCGGAGGUACCAGAGGAGUGUUUCUGGAGAAUCUGGAGAAAUUAUGGAAGAUGUUGAUCAAGUGACUCUUUAUAGCUAUAAAGUCCGGUCUACUAUCACUUCCCGAAUGGCCAACACUGUCAUCCAGACCAAAGUGGUGAACCACUCCCCACAGCCUCAGAAUGUCGUGUUCGAUGUGCAGAUUCCCAAAGGAGCCUUCAUCUCCAACUUCUCCAUGACUGUGGAUGGCACGACAUUUACUAGUUCUGUUAAGGAGAAAACGGUGGGCCGGGCCCUCUACUCGCAGGCCAGAGCAAAAGGCAAAAUGGCUGGAUUGGUGAGGAGCAGAGCCCUCGAUAUGGAGAACUUCAAAACCGAAGUGAACAUCGCCCCCGGAGCAAAGGUGCAGUUUGAACUUCAUUACCAGGAAGUGAAGUGGAGGAAGCUGGGGUCCUACGAGCACAGGCUCCACCUGCAGCCGGGACGACUGGCCAAGCACCUGGAGGUAGAUGUGUGGAUUAUUGAACCUCAGGGAAUGAGAUUUCUUCAUGUUCUGGACACAUUUGAUGGGCAUUUUGAUGGAGUUCCCGUCGUAUCUAAAGGACACCAGAAGGCACACGUCACCUUCAAGCCCACGGUAGCACAGCAAAGAAAAUGCUCCAACUGCUCUGAGACUGCGGUCGAUGGUGAGCUCGUGGUGAUGUAUGAUGUGAACAGAGAGGAGAAAGUCGGUGAGCUUCAGGUGUUUAAUGGAUAUUUUGUCCACUUCUUUGCUCCUGAGAACAUGGACCCAAUUCCAAAAAACAUCCUCUUUGUCAUCGACGUUAGUGGCUCAAUGUGGGGAAUAAAAAUGAAACAGACAGUGGAAGCGAUGAAGACCAUAUUGGAUGAUCUACGCGCUGAAGACCAUUUCUCCAUGGUUGAUUUCAACCACAAUGUUCGAACCUGGAGAAACGAUUUAGUCCCAGCUACUAAAACACAGAUUGCAGAUGCCAAGAAUUACAUUCACAAAAUCCAGCCCAGUGGAGGGACGAAUAUCAACGAAGCACUCCUGCGGGCCAUCUUUAUUUUGAAUGAAGCCAAUAACUUGGGACUGUUGGACCCCAACGCAGUCUCGCUGAUCAUUUUGGUGUCUGACGGCGAUCCGACAGUAGGGGAAUUGAAAUUGUCAAAAAUUCAGAAAAACGUGAAGCAGAACAUACGAGAAAACAUCUCCUUGUUCAGUUUGGGGAUAGGAUUUGAUGUUGACUAUGAUUUUUUGAAGAGACUCUCCAACGAAAACCGUGGGAUCGCGCAAAGGAUUUAUGGAAACCAGGACACUUCUGCCCAGCUCAAGAAAUUCUACAACCAGGUCUCGACUCCCUUGCUCCGGAAUGUUCAGUUCAACUAUCCCCAAACACCAGUAACAGAUGUCACUCAAAACAGUUUCCAUAACUAUUUUGGAGGCUCAGAGAUCGUGGUGGCAGGAAAAGUUGACCCUGAUAAAUUGGAGCAGUUACAGAGUAUUAUCACUGCAACUUCGGCUAAUGCAGAGUUAGUGUUGGAAACCCUGGCCGAGAUGGAUGGCUUGGAGGAUUUUCUAUCCAAAGACAAGCGUGCAGAUCCUGAUUUCACCAAGAAAUUGUGGGCCUAUCUGACCAUCAACCAACUUCUGGCUGAACGGAGCCUGGCUCCUACAGCUGCUGUGAAAAGGAAAAUUACAAAAACAAUCCUGCAGAUGUCUCUGGAUCACCAUAUAGUGACCCCCCUCACAUCCAUGGUGAUAGAGAAUGACGCCGGGGAUGAACGCAUGCUGGCAGACUCCCCUCCACAAGACCAUUCUUGCUGUUCAGGUGCCCUGUAUUAUGGCAACAGAGUUGCUCCAAAUUCAUUCCCACCUUGGGUGAACCCUUCACCGACACAAAUGGUCCCAAUGCCCGCGGUUGGCGCUCCAGUGCUUGAGACAACCCCUCCUCCACACGUAAUGAGAGUUGAAAAUGACCCACACUUCAUCAUCUACCUACCAAAAAGCCAAAAGAAUAUUUGUUUCAAUAUUGACUCAGAACCUGGAAAAAUCCUCAAUCUUGUUUCUGAUCCAGAAUUAGGGAUUUUGGUCAAUGGACAGCUCAUUGGUGCCAAGAAGCCCAAGAAUGAAAAACUAAGCACCUAUUUUGGGAAACUGGGAUUUUAUUUCCAACAUGAGGGCAUGAAAAUAGAAAUCAGCACCGAGACCAUCUCCCUGAGCAGGGGCUCUCGAACAUCCGUCUUGUCCUGGUCUGACACGGCCCACGUUCUUAACCAGAGGGUGCUUGUCUCGGUGAAGAAAGAGAAAACUGUGACUAUCACCCUGGAUAAAGAGAUGUCCUUCUCUGUUUUACUUCAUCGCGUUUGGAAGAAGCAUCCGAUCAAUGUCGACUUUUUGGGGAUCUACAUCCCCCCCACAAACAAGUUUUCUCCUAAUGUACACGGGUUGAUAGGCCAGUUCAUGUAUGAGCCAAAGAUACGUAUCUUCAAUGAGCGACCAGGAAAGGACCCUGAGAAGCCAGAGGCAAACAUGGACGUGAAGGGACAAAAGCUGAUUGUCACCAGAGGCCUCCAGAAGGACUACCGGACAGACAGAGUGUUUGGGACCGACGUUCCUUGUUGGUUUGUGCACAACAGUGGGAAAGGCUUCAUCGACGGACAUUACAAGGAUUACUUUGUGCCUCAGCUCUACAGCUUUCUCAAGUGGCCUUGAAAAGUUUAUAGUUGGGGAAAUUCUAUGUAUAAAUAUACAUUUUUUUCCUGCCACCUUUGUAGUCAUUCUUGAGUUUGAAUAAUUAAAAACUAACCAGAUAUCAUGGUGGUUUAUAAAACCUGUUAACACACCUGAAGAGAAUAAAUACUUUGCAAAGAA